UAUAAUAAGGAUCUGCCCGCUUGGGCACUGCUUGUUCGCAGAGUUCAGAUAACACGCUACAGUAGGGACAGCAGAGAGCACCCGGCAGAGAUACAGAGAUCGAAGGGAGGGAGAGAGAGAGAGAGAGAGAGAGAGAGAGAGAGGAGGGAGUGAGGGCUAUGCUGUAUUUGCAACAGGUGGAAGCUGACGCUGAGCCUCCUUUACUGCGCUUUACCUGCGCGGGCUGCCUUCAGUGCGAGCUGAUACCGUAUAUCUCACAGCUACAGCGCAGCACUGCGGCUGUGCAUCGCGUGGACUCCACGGGAUACAACGGGGAUAAAAAGGAAAAAAGAAUCCAAAUAUCUGCACACCUCUCCUACAGCACUGACUGAAAAGUGAAGCGUGGGCCUGCCCCCCCGUCCCCGGGUGCCUCCACCUCCACUCCUCUUCGCCUCUUCCCUUACCCCCCCCCGUCCCGCACGAUGGUGCGGCUCGACUGACCCAUGGGCCGCUCCCCCACCUCCCUGUCCAAGCUGAAGCUGGGGAAGCUGAAGGUGGUGCGGCGGAACCUCCUGCAGCGCUAUGAGCACCAGCCCUUCAUCUCCUGCCUGGCGGGCCUCUACGGCUGCCAGUGGAAGCGCUACCAGCGGGCGCGCGCCCAGCCGGGGGAGUGCUGCUGCAGCAAGUUGGAGUGCAGCAGUUUUGGUCUCCUGAUAUUGACAUUUUGCCUUACCUUGGUGUUCCUGUACUUCUGGAGCGAGGCACAGAAUGACUACAAUGACUUUGAUUGGUUCAACUUCGGCAAUCUGGGUUUCUGGUUCCCCUGGUCGAUGGUGCUGCUGGUGGUCGCAGCCGCGCUCUUCACCUACAUUGCCAUCUUGCUGAUGCUUGCAGUGUGUCUGCUCUCUGAGGGACAGAGACUGUAUUUGCAUUGGAGCCACAAGAUUGGGAUCCUGGUGACCUUGACCUUCUCCAUCAGUGCCACUGCUGUGCUGUCUGACCUGUGGAGCAAGGAAUGGAAAACUCUCCUUCUCUCUUUUCAGGUAACGGCACCAUUCCUGCAUGUGGGUGGAGUCUUGCUGAUGACACUUUUGUCCUGGCCAGUAGCGUUACACUUCUUCCGCAUGAGCAAAAGAGUGCGACAGGUGGCCAUCGUGGGGCUGUUCCUGGCGGUCCUCUUCGCUCUGUACCUGGUGCCUCUGGGCAUGUACUCACCCUGUAUCAAAGAGGAGGGUGCUCUGGGGCCCCCGCCUGCCCUCUUUGGACACAGAGGAGCCCCUAUGCUUGCACCAGAAAACACCCAAUUGUCCUUUGAGAAAGCUGUGGAAGCUGGAGGUGAAGGUUUGGAGACAGACGUAACAAUCAGCUACGACGGGGUGCCUUUCCUGAUGCACGACAGCACUUUGCGGAGGACGACAAAUGUGCAUGAGGUAUUCCCCAACCGCUCAGACACUCCAGCCGCCAUGUUCACCUGGAGUGAGCUGGAGAUGCUCAACGCUGGGGCCUGGUUCCUUUUGCGCGACCCCUUUGGGACCGCCUCCUUGCUUGACCCAGAGGACCAGGUCAGGGCACAGAACCAGACGGUCCCCACGCUGAGGGACUUCCUGGACCUGGCCGCCACGCACGGGAAGCUGGUGAUCUUUGACCUGCACCGCCCUCCCAGUGGGCACCCUUACAGGGACACCUGGAUAGCCCGCACUCUGGAGGUCCUCCACAACGAGUCCUCCAUCAACUCCAGCCAGGUCCUGUGGCUACCUGCAGAGCAGAGGGACCUGGUGCAGGAGCUUGACCCCGCCCUGCAGCAGACCUCCAGCCACAAGGCCUCCAUCGAGGAGUUGCAGGAGAACCACAUAGUCAGACUGAACCUUCACUACAGCUCCAUGUCUCAGGAGCAGAUCAGUAAGUAUGCCUCGGUCAACAUUGGAACUAACCUGUAUGUGAUCAGCCAGCCCUGGCUGUACUCUCUGGCCUGGUGUGCGGGGGCCCAGUCUGUCACCACCAACGCCAUGCACGUCCUCAAGAACCUGCGCAGACCGCUCUUUCUCAUGACCCCAGAGGAAUACAGUCUGUUGUGGAUCCUGACUGAUGUAGUGUCAGCUGUGCUAAUCACUGCUGUCUUUGUGUUCCACUGGUGGCGAGAGAGAGGCCUGCCUUUCUGGUCAGGCAGCAGACAGACAAACGAGAACGGGCCCUACAGCAAGUUCAGAACUGAUCAUUCAGGACCCUGGCGGAUUCGAUGGAUUCCGUUUCUCUCUGAACCGCCCAAACGGACUCUGGUUUCACUGCCCAUGGAGUCUGCGUUGUACUUGCAUGCGCCACCUGUGCACAGCUACCCCUUGCAUGUGUGAACCUUUCCGCCUCCGUGCCCCACCGCCAUGACCCCUUGACACUUGACCCUUGACCCUUGCUCUUUUGUCCCUAGCAGAGCUGAGCGACGUGUGGUCCAUCUCCAGCAUCAGUGUUCGAGGAGAGGCCCGAAGCCAGCCCACCACCCCAAACCUG